UAAGCCCUGAAGUACAGACGAUGAUAAAAUCAAUGCAAUCAUUAGCAGAGUGCCUAUUGCUUUAGGUGCUCAAUAAAUGGUAGCUCUUGUUAUUAUCAUUCAUUUUAACUGAAACAUUUAUCGAGCAUCUACUAUGUGACACAUAGUGCUAGGGACACAGGAUGGAUAGAGCGGUACCCUCAAUUUCAAGAAGCGUCUGGUCUGUAUGGGAAGUAAAUAUAUCGUCUUUGUUGUUCCUUCUCCAAUCUUGGUGGAUAAGACUGCUUGUGCCAAAUGUCCCUGUUUAAACUGGGACCACCUGGAUUCCAGGACACGUGGGGACUGCGGAGACCUGGGUUUUGGGGGGGCUGACUCCCAUACCUCUGUCUAGCUGUCUGUACCUCCCGUGUUGCCAUUCUUCGUGUUCUUCAUUCACGUGCUCCCGUGUCCUCGUCAGGGGCUCCCACAGCACUGACGGCGAUCUCUCACUGUGUGAAGGUGCCUGUGCCUCUGCGGGGGCUCUGAUGCAGAGGGCCGGGGCUGACAAUCCAGAGCCAGCGAGCCCCAGACUGGGGAAGUCAGAUGAGAACCACGGUGCACCCAUAAUAAUACCUAUAUGCAUAAGGCUUUACAAAUACACCAGGUUUUAGAGCUUGCAAACCAUUUUAGCAUUCGUUUAAUUUACUCCGUAUGGAAGGAGGUAUUUCCAGGCAUGUCUUACAGAUGAGGAAGCUGAACGCAGAGAGUUGGGUGCCAAUCUGUAACCCAGCCCACCCAGGUUUUCAAAGUUGUCUGGGAAGACUCACAGGGGUGCGUGUUAAACACACAGAUUACCUAACCCUCUCUCCAAAUUCUAACUCUGAAAGGUCCGGAUUGGGACUCGGGAAUCAACAGUUUAACAAACAGCCCAGGUGAUACUUACCUUCGGGCCAGUCCGGACACAUGCCAUUCAUUGAUUUAUUUACUUAAGAUUCUUUGGGGCCCAACCAAGACAUGCACUGCGAGGAGAGCACGAUGAACAAAACAGUCCCCAACUUUAAGGAACGAACAGUUGGCAGGGUGAGCAGGCUGUCUAGGUCCCGUGGCCGGUGUGGGUCUGCAACCCGGGUCUCUCCUAGAAGAGGUCCCUUCCUGCUGGGUGGGAUGGCUUCCCCCGACACCGGUUCGGAGCUCCUGGCUGAGCUGGCUGGGCCUCCUUCCAUUGUCUAACACCUGCUCAUGGCUGGGGUUCUUUGGAGCUGGCAGCAUCCUGUGAAAGGAGCCGAGACGUGCCUGGCACAGAGUAAGUGUUGCAGUAAAUGCCAGCCAGCUGCUAAUGUGCUUGUCAGGGCUUGGAAAGGGCAGAGGGGUGGGGGAGAAAGAGCCCUCCUGAGCUGAGGAAGACAGCUGCGGCCAGACAACGGACUGGGAUUUACAUUUCUUUAAAGGUAAUUCCAGCUUUGACCUGAUUCUGCACCUGGAAGGGAGGCCAGGCCAGGAGCACUGUUGUGCAGAUGAGGAAAGCAGAGCCCGGAGAGAGGGAAGUGGGAGGUCCUGAGCGGAAACCCGAGUCUCCUGGAGUAACUGCCCGGCGGGCAGGGACUGCAGGACAUGGACAGCACUGGCAACACUUUUCCUGAAAUCACCGGGGUGCUGUGCACCUGUGAAGACAAGAGCCUGACGACACGCAAGUGUCCCCUUCGUGAGGGCCAGGGUCACCCGGGGAGCUACACCCCAGGCUCUAGCUUCUGCUGAAUACUUCGCUUUUCCGAUGGAGAAGUCCGUAUUUCAUCCUGGUCAGGUCACGGGGACCCUCUGUCUUCCCUGGGAGAGCACUUCCAUAUUUGAAGCAGGGUCCGUGUGGCUUCAUCUAGAGCUCACCUUUGUUCCAGCAACUCCUGGUACCCAGUAGUUUCCCAGAGGCCAGCCCUCCAGACGGGCCUUGCCAGAUAAGGCCAGGGGUGCUCCCAGAGGCCUUCUGGACAGUGUCCUGGAAGGCUGCACAGAUCUGGCCGGCUGAAGCACCCUAAGCCAGUGUAGGGCUGCAGCCUGCUUCAGAGUCCCCAGGGUCCAUGCCAUUCCCUACCUGCUCCUUGUUGAGCCUGCUCCAUCUGCAGCCUGAGGACAGGAAAGGGCAGGGGUGCCAGGUGAAGCAGAGUAAGGAAGACACGAUUCUGACCUGGGAAUUAGUUUGCCAGCGACAAACCUACUACGUCUCAGAAACAAGGCCUUUAGUAUCUAGAGUAGCAGGGUGCCAGGAUGCCCCGACCGAGCAAAGUAGGCGGUCCCUGGCCCUAACGGCUCCUCCACCUCUGGGGUCUCCUCCCUACCAGGCUCAAGGCACGCCUGUCCUUAGCAGGGGCUCCCUCUGGGGUCUACCCCCCUCCCCGGGGUGGGGUGUAUACGAUCUUAAAGCUUUCCCCUCGGAGGAAGGGCAGGGGCGGGGCGGCUGCGAAGACCCAGGAUAUAAGAGGCGGAGGCGCCGCUCCCAGGCCCGCCGCCCACCAUGCACGCCCGCCGCCUGCCGUUCCUCCUGCUGCACGCCGGGUGGGCCCUGCUCCAGGCGGGCGCCGCGACGGUGGCUCCCGUGCCCCUUCGUACGCGUGGGGAGCCCUCGUCGCCGUCCCCUCUCGCGUAUAUGCUGAGCCUCUACCGCGACCCGCUGCCCCGGGCAGACAUCAUCCGCAGCCUGCAGGCGCAAGAUGUGGAGGUGGAUGGGCAGAACUGGACCUUUGCUUUUGACUUCUCCUUCCUGAGCCAAGAAGAGGAUCUGGUGUCGGCUGAGCUCCGGCUGCAGCUGUCCAGCCCUCUGGACCUUCCCCUUGACGUCCCGCUCUCCAUUGAGAUUUUCCACCAGCCGAAGCUGGAGGCGGAUCAGGACCCAGCCUACUGCCUGGAACGUCUUCGGAUGGACCUGUUCACUGUCACCCAGUCCCAGGUGACCUUUUCCUCAGGCAGCAUGGUCCUGGAGGUGACCAGGCCACUCUCCAAGUGGCUGAAGCACCCUGGGGAGCUGGAGGAGCAGAUGUCCAGUUUGGCUGGAGAGUGUUGGCAGCAGCCUCCCACACCGCCUGUCGCUGACGUGCUCCUCAUGCUUUACUCCAACCUGUCCCCGGAGCAGAGGCGGCUGGGUGGCUCUACCUUGCUCUGGGAAGCUGAGAGCUCCUGGCGGGCCCAGGAGGGACAGCUCUCCCGGGAGAGGGACAGGAGGCACCGUCGACAUCACUUGCCAGACAGAAGCCAACUGUGUCGGAAGGUCAAGUUCCAGGUGGACUUCAACGUGAUUGGAUGGGGCUCCUGGAUCAUCUACCCCAAGCAGUACAAUGCCUAUCGCUGUGAGGGCGAGUGUCCUAACCCCGUGGGGGAGGAGUUCCAUCCGACCAACCAUGCCUACAUCCAGAGCCUGCUGAAACGGUACCAGCCCCACCGGGUCCCUUCCACCUGCUGUGCCCCAGUCAAGACCAAGCCACUGAGCAUGCUGUACGUGGACAACGGCAGAGUCCUUCUAGACCACCACAGAGACAUGAUCGUGGAAGAAUGUGGGUGCCUUUGAGAUCCUGGAGGGGUGUUGGAUUUGCCUGUGCCCUGGAAGGUUGGGAAGCUCCUGGAAGACACAUAACCAUCUGAUCCAAUGAGGGCAAACCAAGAGGGGAAAGUUGCUCUGUCCACCAGACCUGAGGGCUGCCCACUGUGUUCAUGAAAGCUCCGUGGAGCCCAGCCGCCGUCAGGAGAGGGAGGAGGAAGCCUGGGAUGUGGGCUUGCUGGGUCUUCUCUUUACAGGACAGACAGAGGCAGUAAAAGCACUAGUAUGAGAGUUCUGUAUGUGACUUUUUUUAACCUGUGAACCCCCGGAAAUUGUAUGCAAAAGUUGGGGCAUAUGUACAUUUAUUUUUGAGGUGGGACAAGGUUGUUUAUAACUUUUAUGUAUUCUCAAAAGCAGUCUUUGACACCCCCCCCCCCCAAAA